GCUUUCGAUGAUAUGGCCUACUUUAGCAACGAACUCAUUAUCCAAAUGUUUUUUUUUUGACAAAGAACGAUAAUUGAUAAUUCAAUUAGGGAAGAUACUUUCGCAAACCGGAGAAGACAAUCGGAGAUCGGAAACUAUGGCCGGACGAGAUCGUUAUCUUCCAUCGUCGGCAGUUUCAACUUCAUCAUCUUCAAGAUUAGUAGAAUCUCAAUUUAUCGAAUCCGAUCGAAAUCGAGCUCGAUCUGUAAUCCUCGAGGAUCGAAUCGCAAUCCAACACCGUGAAAUCCAAUCUCUUCUCAAUGACAAUCAACGAUUAGCUGUGGCACACAUUGGACUCAAAGACCAGCUCAAUUUAGCCAAGCGUGAGCUCGAACGGUUACUUGAAACCGCUGCGAAAGUUAAAGCGGAAGGAGAAGCUAAGGUGCGUGAGGUUUAUCAGAAUGCGUUGAGGAUGGAGGCGGAGGCUCGUGUGAUUGAUGGACUUGGAGCUGAGCUUGGUCAGGUUAGGGCUGAUGUACAGAGGUUAGCUAAUGAUAGACAGGAGUUAGCUACAGAGUUGGCUAUGCUUGAUGGUGAGAUGGUUAAAGCGAAACCGAAUUCGGAUCGAGCUAUUGAGGUUAAGGCGGAGAUUGAGGUUCUUCGAGGAGAAGUUCGUAAAGGAAGGGCUGCUCUUGAGCUUGAGAAGAAGACACGAGCAAGUAACCUUCACCAUGAACGCGGUAUGGAGAAGACUAUCGAUCACUUGAAUCGUGAGAUUGUGAAACUUCAGGAAGAAUUGGUUAAUCUGGAGACAAAAGCUAGAGAAGCAAAUGCAGCUGCUGAGGCAGCUCCAAACCCAAGCCCUGGAUUGGCUGCAAGUUAUGGAAAUACGGAUAACAUUUAUGGAGGUCAAUCCCGGCAGGCCAACGGUUCUCACGAGGCAUAUGGAGCAUCAGAUAGUCUCCCUCAAGACCCGUCUACUCCAUUGCAGCAUCCUCUGAAUAAUACUCAACAUUCUAGCACACCUCAUUUAUCUUCUAAUUUAAAGUUAUCCCAAAUUUUGCGAUCUCAUAUUGAGCAAAGGGAGAACAAGAAGGGUGGCAUAUUUUGACAGACCAUCCUUGUGGAUGUCGACGCAGCGGCUGUAGCGGUGGUGAUCGACAGAGCGGCGCGUCUCAUUCCCAAUGGUCAAUAUGCAUCUAGGGUAAGGGAAGGUUGUUCCCUUUUUGGUUGCAACCAUGUGGUUGAACCGAGAAGAAUGUAUUGUUCGAGCAUCCAUGAGAACAUUGCUCAGGAAUUGGGUUCUCUUCGGUUUGCAUGUGUUGUUAUUGAUGGAUUCUCCGGUCUUUAUAAUGACAAGAACCACAAAAGAGAUAUGAGAAGCGUAGUGAGUUUACUUAAAAGUGUGGAUGAAGGAGUUGAUUUUGCAAUUCCACUCAUUGAAGAUCUUGGGAUAUUCGAACGUGUUCCAUGGGAAUGGGAUUUCAUCAAUUUUCAAUUCCUAGAUGGAGAAAGUGAUAGGAUUGAGAGGUGGAGAAACAUCCAGGCAAAGAUGAAGCAAGGAAAGAAGACAACACAACAAGCUACGUCGGAGAAAGAGACCAUAGAAACGAAACAGUCAUUAGAGGCAACAAAGGAAGACGGAAACGAGCUGACCCAAACGGUGGUGUCGGUAGAAAAGCUUCAUUCUGAGUCGACGGAAAACCUAUCAUUGAUUGAGGAGGAAGAGUCUCCACCUGUGAAGAAAACACAGCAAGCGGUGAUGGAGACGGUGACUUCAAAACUACCGGUAGCGGUGGUGUUACCUGCAGCGUCGCAGCUUGAAUCGAAACCUCAAAACUCGAAAGUAAUUGUGGCACCAGACGUGGAGGUGCUAGAAGCUGCCGCAUCCGAGCUUGAGCCAAAGCAAACGAAGCCUCUAAACUCUGAAGUAAUUGUGGCACCAGUUUUGGUGGUUAAGGAGUUGGUUGAGAAUAGCCUUGACAUCAAUUAUAUGAUGCAAGCAACCGUCCAAGAGAUGAUGACCCACCAACAACUGUUGCAUCUCUUGAUUAGGUUCUUUGUAUCAAGAGUUCCAUAUAAGAGAAGAGGAGAUAUAAAGAAAGAGAUGUAACCAAGAUAAGCUCGUUGACGCAUAUUUAACCGGUUUUAGAAUAUUUUAAACUUAUUUUUCUAUUUUUUCUUUAAAAUAAAAUAACUCUAGGAAUUGGAUUUCUUUCUAGCCUUAUUUCAUUUUGGAGUUGAUAAUAGAGAUUUCUAAAUUUU